AUUUGGAUGGUGCGAAGCAAGCGAUCAUGAAAAUGGUCUAGUAGAUCACAUUGCCUGAACAGUCCGAAUUCGCCGAAAGGAAUAGCUAGCUAAUUUCUUUGAUGUCUAGAAGCUAGCUAACUUUGGAUUUGAAAAGAAACUGGUUCAUCAUAAAGUUGGCAAAGGUGACUCCAAAUUGGUCCUGACGGCACAUGGAAACAUGUCUCAACUUUGUCAGGACAGAAGCAGCCGGUGGCAAGAAAUCCAGAAAGGGCUGCAAUUCAUACAAUCUCCAUUGCCAUACCCUGGAACACAAGAUGAAUAUGAGGUAUUUAUCCAGGCCCUUGUAAAGAACUUGUUCGGCGAGGGAAAUGAUGUAUUCAGUGAAGGCGAAUGGGCGAGAUCAGUAGAACUGUACACAGAGGCCUUAAAUAUUACAGAGUAUGCAGAGUCGGAGGAUAUCGUCGUAUCUACUGCAACGAGGGAAAAGAUUUUUGCAAAUCGUGCGGCUGCCUACUUAAACAUUGGUUUAUAUGACCAAGCUUUGGAGGACUGUGAAAAAACUCUGGAGUUAAAUGAUGGCAAUUUUCGGGCGCUUUAUCGCAAAGCCAGAUCUCUGAAGGAGAUGGGGCGACACGCAGAGGCCUAUGAUGCAGUGGCCAAAUGUUCACUUGCAGCGCCCCAGGAUUCUAAAGUAAUUCAGCUCACACAUGAACUUGCUCAGAUGUUAGGAUUAAAAAUUCGCAAAGCCUACAUCAGAAGCAAGCCUGCCUUAAAUAUUUUACCUGGUUCAAGUAUAUCAAGUGCUUCAAAUGAAAAGUGUUCUAAUGGAUCAGUAUCCGUGGAUGAUAUUGAAAUGGAUGUGUCCCAGGUCUCCACGGAGACAGCUGGCCCAGUGCCAGUCCCUUCUCAGCUGUCCACCGAGAUGCCAACCUCGAUGCCAAGCGCAGUGCCUGUCCACAGCGCGCCCCCAGCGGGACUCCCGGCCUUCGAGAAGGCAGAGCCUGAGCCGGCCCCCCUCACCGUUGUCUCCUCAAUCUCCUCCAUCAUGCCUCCCGCGGCCCCUGGGGAGUCCCUCAGCCACGAGUCGGGGCCCCUGACCAACCACAUGCUGGUGAAUGGGAACCGAGCCCAUGAAUUGUAUCAGGUACCAGAGCCCCACCUGGACUUCGACUCCAAGAUCAUUGGGGACGACUUAGAUGACCUUUUGGACAACGUCACGCAUGAGCAGUCCACAGAGGUCAUUCCCACAGUGGACGGUCCCCUGCCUCUACCCACCAGCAUGUCCUCUGUCGGAGCUAUGUCCAGCACUCUCUUCAUGCCCCCUCACAUGGCCCACCACCACCACCACCCUUUCCUGGCACAGCAGUGCACGGUCACCCUCCCUCCGCCUUACCACAAGCCUAAUCCCUACUCUAUCGGCCUGGACCCAUUCCCCUCAGCGCUGGACUCUCUAGACUGUCUAACUCUCUCAGAUGCACAAACAGACGACGCUAAAAUUAUUUCCCAUUCUCUUUUCAAAUUUGCUUCACCUCCUGGGAAUCCAGGCUUUCCUCAACAUCCCAUCAUGCCUAUAAACACCAAUGAUAAGCCCUUAUUUCCUCCGAUUGGGGUGGCCUUAAAUGCCCCCGAGUCAAAUAUAUCACGGGUGGAUUUGUCCAAAAAUCCCCUCGCUGAGACUCAUGACUUUAGACAAGCAUGUGCAGCAUGUUAUGUGAAAACAGGUCCUGGAGUAUUGGACUAUACCCACUAUACAGAUGAGCACAAAUGCAGAAAAGACAUUUUGCUUGGAAGAAUCAAGUAUUCGGGGAACAACGUGUGGAAGCUUAUUCGACCCAGGCCAACCAAGACCCAGUAUGUGGGGCCGUAUUACAUAUGCAAAGAUGUUGCCAUGGGGGAGGAGUGCAGAUACCCUGGUCACUGUACAUUUGCAUACUGCCAGGAGGAGAUUGACGUUUGGACGCUGGAGCGUAAGGGCUUCAUUAGCCGCGAGUUGCUUUGUGAUCCGUUCGGCUCGAUACGAACGGUCCACCUGACGAUUCCCACAAUCCUUCAGGAGCAUCAUGGGAUAUUUAUGUUCCUCUGUGAGGUGUGUUUUGAUCACAAACCCAGAAUCAUCAGCAAGACCAACACCGAAAACCCGAGUCUGUGCUCUCAUCCAGUGACAAAGCAUAAAUUUGAAGAGAAAAAGUGCCUGGUCCACAUUCUGAAAGAGAACACAGUUCGCUACUCUAAGGUCCGGCCCCUCAACCUCCAGUGCCAGAUGGACCUGUGCCGGCACGAGGUGCGCUAUGGCUGCCAGCGCGAAGACUUCUGCUUCUAUGCCCACAGCCUGGUUGAGCUCAAAGUGUGGAUGCUCCAGUCCCAGCAAGGUAUUUCUCAUGAAGGUAUUGUUCAAGAGACCCGAAAGUAUUGGAACAUGGAGGCCAGUUCCCAAGGAAUUCAGGAAAUCCCUGCUGCAUUGAGGAGGUUUGGGCCUCCAAACUUAAAGAUGCAGUUUGUGUGUGGGCAGUGUUGGAGAAACGGCCAAGUCAGUGAGCCGGACAAGAACAGGAAAUAUUGUAGCGCAAAGGCCAGGCAUCCAUGGGCCAAAGACAGAAGAGUGGUCUUAGUAAGCUCCAACGAGCGCAGGAAGUGGACGACUGUCCGCCCCCUACCCACAAAGAAGCCUGUUCCUGCUCAGUUUGAGAUAUGCAUGCACAUCUCCGCUGGUAAAAAAUGCCAGUACAUUGGAAACUGCAGCUUUGCCCACAGUGCAGAGGAGCGGGACUUGUGGACAUACAUGAAGGAGAACAGCAUUGGGGACAUGGAGCAGCUGUAUGACAUGUGGCUUCAGUCUCAGCAGCAGGGCUGGAGCAUGGAGAGUUCUAACUGCACCCUGCGGGAAAAUGGCAAGCAGAUCCACAUGCCCACCGACUACGCAGAGGAAGUGGCAGGGAACCACUGUUGGCUUUGCGGUAAGAACUGCAACAGUGAGAAGCAGUGGCAGCAGCAUAUCACGUCAGACAAACACAAGGAGAGAGUGUUUAACUCUGAGGACGACCAGAAUUGCUGGCAGUAUCGCUUCCCCACUGGCACAUUCAAAGUUUGUGAAAGAUACCUUAAGGGCACUUGCACAGAAGAGGAACUAUGCAAGUUGGCUCAUGGUGAUGAGGAACUGAAAGAGUGGAAAGACAGAAGGGAAUUCCUUUUGAUGAAACUUGCCAAAGCCAGAAAAGAUCAUCUGAUAGCACCCAAUGACAAUGACUUUGGCAAAUAUAGUUUUCUGCUUAAAGAUAUUAACUAACAUUUUAAUCAUGAUACACAAUGCACGGGAUGAUAUAUAAUAACACAUGGUAAAAAGUACAAAGUAAGCCCUUUUUUUUUCUAAAAAAAAAAAAUAGGGCUCACUUUUGGCGAGUUAUAAAGGACCAAAAAUAAAACAGGCCUGUUCUCUCGGUUCGGGGAUUACGACAGAAUUGGUACGUACAGAGGCGGCCUUGUGUUCUUAGUUAUCAUGGCUUUGUUGCUGUUAUCACAGAUUCAGAUAGGUUACGCACCAAUGCCUUUUUGCUGUCAUGCUCCUGCCACAGGAUUGACUUUGACUUUUUUCAGAUGGAAUGAUAAAGUGAAAGAGGUGCCAAAGGAAAAUGGUGGAGCUUAGAUCACCGAAAGCCUGAGUUCUGAUAAUGAAAGCCUUGAGGAGCAAGAAUGUUCUCCCAUGAAAGACAAACUGGUAUUGUUGCAAAAUCAUUUGUUUUGGUUCUUAAUUCCAGGGGUGGAAUAUUGAGAUGUUUGAGGUAUUCUGAUAUUUUAUUGUGUUUAUUUUUAUCCUCUUCUAUAAUGUUCUGCCUACCUGUCCACAAUAAAUCAUUACCAGCAGAUUUGUUUUCUGUUUAACAACA